AUGACUGUCAUCAUAUCUCCUGCAACUCUCUCCUUUGUCUUCCUCGCUCUGGGAUACUUCCUGAUCCGCUAUCUGAAUUCAACCGACCAGCCCAAAAUCAAGGGCCUACCUGAAAUCCCAGGUGUGCCACUGUUUGGAAACCUGCUACAACUGGGCGAGGACCACGCUCGUGUCACGGCUCGAUGGGCGAAGAAAUAUGGCUGGCCCGUCUUCCAGACCCGCUUGGGCAACCGCCGCAUCAUCUUUGCCAACACGUUCGACUCGGUCAAACACUUCUGGAUCACCAACCAGUCGGCUCUCAUCUCCCGACCUACGCUGUACACAUUCCACAGCGUGGUCUCGAGCAGCCAGGGCUUCACCAUCGGAACAUCGCCAUGGGAUGAAUCCUGUAAGAGACGCCGCAAGGUGGCGGCUACGGCGUUGAACAAACCAGCCGUGCAGAGCUAUAUGCCUUUCAUCGAUUUGGAGAGUUGUGUCGCCAUCAAGGACAUGUACAAGGACUCGAUGAAUGGCACGUUGGACUUGGAUCCGCGGAAGUACUUUCACCGCUUUGCUCUCAACACGAGUUUGACGUUGAACUACGGUAUCCGGAUCGACGGAGGAAUCGAUCAAGAGCUGCUCAGGGAAGUUGUCCACGUCGAACGAGUGGUGUCGAAUUUCCGCAGCACAUCCAACAAUUGGCAAGACUAUAUCCCCCUGCUGCGACUGCCGUUCAUCUCCCGCCAGAACAAAUCAGCUGCAGAAUACCGAGAGCGUCGGGACAAGUAUCUCACGACUUUCCUGAACAUGCUCAAGGAGCGCAUCGCGAAUGGGACCGACAGGCCCUGCAUCACCGGCAACAUCAUCAAAGACCCCGAGGAAACACUCAACGAGGCUGAACUCAAGUCCAUCUGCUUGACGAUGGUCUCUGCGGGCAUUGACACGGUCCCCGGCAACAUGAUCAUGGGACUCGGCUACCUGGCGUCCCCCGAGGGCCAACACAUUCAGAAGAGAGCCUACGAAGAGAUCAUGAAAGUUUAUCCCGAAGAUGGCGAGGCGUGGGAGAAGUGCCUCACCGAAGAAAAGGUGCCGUACAUUACGGCCCUGACCAAAGAGAUCCUCCGUUACUUCACCGUGAUCCCCAUCUGCCUCCCGAGGACCAGCAUCAAGGACAUCCAGUACGGCGACGUGACCAUCCCCGCAGGCAGCGUCUUCUACAUGAACGCCUGGGCGGCCGACUAUGACGAGACACAUUUCAAGGACCCGGCCAAGUUCAUCCCGGAGCGGUACCUCAACGACCAAGAGGGCAGCGGGACACCCCACUACGGCUACGGCGCGGGCAGCAGGAUGUGCGUGGGCUCGCACCUGGCGAACCGCGAGAUCUACACGGCGUUUUUGCGCAUGAUCGUGGCGUUCGAGUUUGUGCCCGCAAAGAACCCGAAGGACUGGCCCAUCCUCGACGCCAUCGAGUGUAACAGCAUCCCGACCGCCCUCACCACCGAGCCCAAGCCCUUCAAGGUCGGUUUCCGGGUCCGGAACAAGGAGGCCCUCGACCGAUGGAUCCGUGCGAGUGAGGAACGGACCAAGGAUCUUUAG